GCCAAGAAUCAAUGCUAUGACGAGGAUGGCCUGCCUGUUGACGUACCAAAGGGUCAUUUUGCCGUCUAUGUAGGCGAAAAGAGGAGCCGUUACAUCGUACCCAUCUCCUUCUUGACUCAUCCCAAGUUCAAGAGUUUGCUUCAACAGGCAGAGGAAGAGUUUGGGUUCAAUCAUGACAUGGGACUCACUAUUCCUUGUGAAGAAGUUGUUUUCCGCUCUCUAACAUCCAUGAUUGGAUGU